UUCACUCAUCCCUGUACCCCAAACUUUACACGUCGUCUAAAUAUCUGGGUUGCCGCGAUCUGGUUCUUAAGUUUCGAGAGCUACAUCUACACAUAUUUUCCGAAGCUCCUUGUUUUCCACACGAUCAAUUCGGUUCCUGCAUAUCAUGGCUUACACAAGGUCAUUUCUGCAAACACUUUGCAGUUUCUUUUUGGUACUUGCAGUUGCGGAAGCACUGAAAUUCGAUAUCGAUGCUUAUCACAAAGGGGACAAGAAGGGAGAGAGAUGUAUUAGGAAUUUCGUGGCGAAAGAUACUUUGGUGGUAGUUACAGCUACAAUUGAUGGUCAUAAAGGGGAUGGUAUGCAAGUCGAUAUGCAUGUACGUUUGCCUGGAAUUGCUUGAAGGAAGUUAGGAUACAUGCUGAUAUGAACUAUAGAUUAAAGAUGCUGUUGGAAACGAGUAUGGAAAACCAAAGGAUAUUGUAGGCGAGAAGAGAAUGGCCUUCACAUCCCACGCCGAUGCAUCAUUCGAUGUAUGCUUCUAUAAUUUUUUUACAGCCAGUUCGUUGCCCGCUCUCCCUUCAUUUCCAUCCUGGCUAGUACUAACUCACAUCUAGCAAGCCGUAUCCACAAUCCUCGCCGCCAUGUUGAACUCGAUAUCGAUAUUGGAGCUGAUGCCAAAGAUUGGUCUGCUGUUCAAGCUACAGAGAAACUUAAGCCAGUUGAGACUGAAUUACGGCGCAUCGAAGAAAUGGUCGCUGAAAUCGUUGCGGAAAUGGAUUACCUUAGACAAAGAGAACAAAAAUUGAGAGAUACAAAUGAGAGUACGAAUAACAGAGUUAAAUGGUUUGCGUUUGGAACUAUGGGAAUGUUGGUCUCAUUGGGAGCUUGGCAGGUGAUAUAUUUGAGGGCGUACUUCAGGUAUGUUUUUGAAAUUGUCAAGAAGAGAGUACUUAAUGCUAAUUAUGGGGAUAGAUCAAAGCAUCUUAUUUAAAUAUAAGUACGGUGAUCGGCAUGAGGGUAAUGGGUCGCGGGGAGGGUUUCUACAGCGAAUAAGACUUUGUUUUACUA